AUUUUGUGAAUUUCGCUCUCGGGGCUACGCUAUUCUCGCGAGAUUUCGUCCAGGAAGUGACUAUCGAAGCGUGCACGUUGUUUGGAUGGUGUCAUGCAACACUCAUGGCGGGACGACUGAAGAAACAAGCGAAAGAUGCCUUAAAGAUCAUAGGAUGUGGCAGUGCCCUGUUCCUGGGACACCUCACCGUCUCCGGAGACGAGCGCUUCUAUGCCAAUGCUCUCAUGCCAGUGCUGCAGAGGUUUGUGGGAGCAGAGACGGCUCAUGUCAUGGCUGUCCGGUUGAUUGGUCUUGGACUUGUGCCUCUCAACAACUACAAGGACCCAGCCUCACUGGAAGUGCAUGUGAUGGGUCGAAAAUUCCAGAACCCAGUUGGGAUAGCAGCAGGCUUUGACAAGCACGGUGAGGCAGUGGAUGGCCUCUAUAGACUGGGCUUUGGUUUUGUGGAGGUGGGGACUGUCACCCCAAAGGCGCAGGAUGGAAACCCAAAGCCACGUGUGUUCAGGCUGGAGGAAGACCAGGCAGUCAUUAACAGAUAUGGAUUCAAUAGUUGUGGCCUUUCUGUGGUGCAAGAAAGGUUGAAAGUCAGAAAGCAUGUGCAGUCAGAACUAACGAAAGCAGGUAAACCUCUUGGCAUCAAUCUUGGGAAGAACAAGCUUUCUGCAGAUGCGGUGUCAGAUUACGUGGAGGGAGUGCGGACACUGGGCCCUCUUGCUGACUACCUGGUCGUGAAUGUGAGCAGCCCCAACACUCCCGGCCUUAGAGACCUACAGGGCAAGGAAGAACUGCGCCACCUUCUGGACAAGGUGCUUAAAGAGCGGGAUUCUUUGCGGAUGGAGAAGCGACCGCCUGUGGUGGUGAAGAUCGCCCCGGAUCUUUCUACACAGGACAAGCAAGACAUUGCUGAGGUCAUCAUGGAGGUUGGCGUUGAUGGUUUAAUGGUUUCCAACACCACUGUUUCCAGGCCAGACACUCUUAAAGACCCCAAAAAACAUGAAAUAGGAGGACUUAGUGGUCAGCCUCUGAAGGAGCUGUCUACUCAAACAGUGCGAGAGAUGUACACAUUGACCCAAGGGAAGUUGCCGAUUGUUGGAGUCGGUGGAGUGGCCAGUGGACGGGACGCCCUGGAUAAGAUCCGUGCGGGAGCUUCUCUAGUGCAGCUCUACACGGCUCUAGUGUACCAGGGUCCACCUGUAGUCAACAAAAUCAAGAGAGAACUGGACGAUCUGUUGAAGGCACAAGGUUUUACGUGUGUAGCAGAGGCAGUGGGUGCUGACCAUAGAGCCACAGAGAAAAUGGCAAAACCACAGACCUAAAACGAAAGCUCAUACGCCAAAUCUGAUGUGCUGUCAGAGAGUUUGGACUCUCAUAAAGUGUAACAUUCUGCAUUUACCCCUGGGAACUAAUGGUCUUAUGCAACAUUUUCUUAAGCAUCAGUUCGGAACACAACAUUCAUUUAUAAGACUCUUAUAAAAAUGGAUUAUGUUUUAGGCAUGACAUGCCUUGUUGGUGUUGUAAAUUCUUGGCAAUGUAUCUGUUAUAAAUGUUAUUUUAUGCCCUGGAGUUAAAGGAAUGUAUGAAUUUGAAUAAAUCCGCUCUGCUCAA